CGCAUCAGAAUCUUCCUCAAAUUCCUGCGGGAUAAUCGAAAAAUGGAAGCGGGGCAGCAGUAUGCGCGGCAGCCGCUGGGCGCUGGGCGAGACAUGGAAGAGGAAAUGCAGCACGUGCUGCAGUUCCUGGACACGUCGCUAAUCACGCCGCCGUCGGGCAGCGAUCUUGUGACGCAGCAGACGCCGUCCCAACUCCAGCGACCAACGCCCGAGCAGCUACGCGAGAUGGCGGCGUUGCACGAGAACGAAGGAACAGCGGCAUACAACGAGCUUGGCGAAGUGAUUGACCUGCUUGGAUCACUUGAUGCCAACGAUACAGACCCGAAUCUGCAACAGCAGCAGCAGGAUACGCUCUAUGGCGGCAAUCCGGUGCCACGAUCAGCAUCUAAUGAUGGCAAUGUCGCUCAAAGAGUGCAAUUGCCUCGCUCGACCUCCGUGAGUAGCACCCACAGCGGAGUGGACAGCAUCUCACCUGUAGGUCUGCUCAAUGGUCCGACCAUGUCGCCCGCCACGAUCAACUGGCUGCAAACGCUCGUGCCGUCGACAAGUACCGAGAGCCUUACAGGUCUUAUUUCACCUGCUACUCUUUACGGGACUGGUGGUGGCUCCGCUUCGGGGAUAAGCGGGACGGGAGGGAUUGUUGGGAAUACUGGAUCAAAUGGCCAGGUAGACGGAGCUAACCCUUCGAAAAGCGAUGGACUUCCUAGGACGCCGUCGUGCGAGAUUAUCGACUGGAAAGCUUACAACGAGUCGGCCGAUAAAACUCAAAAGGGGCCUUCCAAGUGGCGCGUUAUUCCUCAGCACGGACCACAUGCUGAUCCAGCAGCAAGCUCCAGCUCUAGCAACGGCGUGAAUGCUAGACUCCCUCCUGGAGGUGCGGUUCCGACGAGUUCAGUCACUGGUUCAGAACUUACCGCACAGCAGCAAAUGUACCUUGCAGCAAGAAAAGUGACAGAAGAGAAAAACAAGCGAAAGGCAUUGGUGUCACCCGAGUACGUCCAGUAUGGCAACCCAGUCUCAGCGGUUCCAACAAUACCGCGAGAUCCCGGAAGCAGCAUUAAGAUGGAGCCCGGCUCGGUGCAAUACGCGACAAAGGUGCCCGAACCAACAGGUCGUCGUCCAUUCAAGAAGUCGCUGCACCAAGCAACCUCACCUGCUGGUCAAUUGAAUCAACAGAGUGGCGCUACGUCUUCGUCAACGACUGGACCGGAUGGAAAAGACGAUGGGGUGCGCUGCAAAUGCACGGGAAAAUGCCGUAAUGCUCGCUGCGCCUGUGUGAAGGCUGGACUAGUCUGUGGUGCUCAAUGCAAGUGCGUGAGCUGUGCGAAUCCAUUCGUUCCGAUGGCCCGCGAAGGUAUCGACAUCCAGCUGAUGGUGCGUGACAUCUGCUUGAUGCAGUAUCUAUCUAAGAUCAAGGACAUGCAAGAGCUGCUGGACUCGACUGUGAGCUACGAGUGUUGUGAAGGUGGCGGUGGGGUUGUACAAGUAAAGCACACGGUGGAGAACGGCUUCGCCUGUCCUCACUGCGACGCGCACUUUACGUACUCGUGGUGCAACAACCGGCUGUGUCCAGAUGCCAAGAAACCGCGUCGCCAUUGUGCCAAGUGCCGUCGGUGUGGCGACCAUCGUAACCAGCACUGCGACCUGUGCAACCACUGCUACUUUGCCGGUGUGGCCAACAGCUUCCGUUGCAGUUGCCAGUCUGCAGGUAGCGGCACUGGUGCUAAGACAAGAACUGUGGUGCCAAAUCCAGUACACCGAGAACCCGAUUCGACCAAGCCUGAAGACAAUGAUAAACCAAACGGACAACCACGUUUCGGCGCUAUCAACCCAGCCACCGAAGGCUCUACACGUGACGAAAACUCUGAUGCUAACAGUGCAAAGACAGCAGAUGAAGAAGCAGACGACUCAUGCAAAAUGCAGUAGAUAAAAUGUAAGCUCUGCAAUUGAGCAGUAUUAGCCGAUAUCACGUAUACUAUGGAUGUUUAUAAAACGAACCACAAAACGACAGCAAGAAAUGCCAGUCCGACUCGCGAGAUGUGAACGAAAUUACUCUGCGCGAUGUUUUCGAGGCUUGGCGUGCACACCACUAAAGGCUUGUCGGUAUCUGGAUCAACGGCGUUGUCUUUGAACGGCGAGCCCGGGUAUGGUGCUCGGUAGUAGACUAAUUUUUGAUUCUGUGUCACAACAAAUACCCAAAUUGGUUCAGCGUGAGGUGGUAAAGUGUUGUGGUGUAAAACUUACCACCCAUGUGGUACUGAUCUCAGCCGAGCGAGCGUUGACGUACUUGGGAUCCCCACAUCGCCACAGAUCGCUCGAGUACUGGCAGGCCGUCAUGAAAUUCUCAC